GCGUCAUUCGACGGUGUACCGGCUGAAGUUUAUAUUGCUAGGCCCCGAAGCGCUUCAGCCAGAACAGUGAGAAUAUAUGAAAAAUAAAAUCCGCGAAUCGUAUCUCUUUCAGUGCGAGACUUUAUGUCGCUCGAUUCGGAUCUGAUUCUACCCGUUCUGAUCUUGGACCGAGUCAGAACUUGUACUGUAUAAUAUUAUGUUUAGUGCAUAGAAUCGGAAUUUCCGGCAGGUUUUCAAUGUAUCGACAAUUUUAGUGAUAACUACAAGUGCUAUGCUCUUUAGUUUAAUCUCCUUCCGUGUUACCCUGGAUGUUUCUUAUGGUGUGCCUUGUUCUAGUUUUCUGAAAUAGUCGUAACAGAAUUUCAUUUUAAGGACUCGUAAAGAAAUACUCAAGUUUACCCAUAUAAUUCAAGAAAACCAAAUCCAGAUAUACCGAAAAGCCGUAAAAUUUAAUAACAAUUUGGUGUUGUUUUCUACGUCUUGAGCAUUUGUGUUACUGCGGCUGAAAUAACGAGAAUAAAAGUGAAUUUUUGCUUUUCUUCUUCUGCUUUGCUUCCGAUAGUCGGUAGGAGGCAGUUUCUUCAAAGUUGAUGGAAGUGAACAAAACAUGAAGUGGUGGUGCUGUCGGCUGAUGUGUAUAGAGUUCUGAAAAUCACCGUUGAUACGCGAAGAACUAGCGAAACUUGCAAGCGAAUUCGACCAAUAAAAGGAAGAAGUACACAGAUUGUAAUUAUUACAUUAGGUGUGUUUGCCUCGUUUUUUUUUGUGUACUUCUGGGGGUAUAGCAGCAAGCGCAAUAUUUGUGUGUCAGUUUGGCUAGGUGAAGUGGAACCGGCGUCUGGUUCAAAGUGGUGUUUGUAGACGACUUCAGAAGCAAAAUAAAUUACAGAACCUAUUUUCUGUUCUCACUAUCAUCAGUAGCUAGACUGCGAAAGAAGUGACUAGCUGAUUUAAGUGAUGAUGGAUAGCUGGAUGCAAGAAGUGGUCUCAAUGAUGGCAGGCGACGGUACGCCAGCUCGAAUUAAACAGGAACUGAUCGAGACCUCUUGCUGCAGUCCGUCACCAUCAUCGGCUGGUAGUAUGUCCCAGAGUAAUCUCCUCUAUAGUGGAACCCAAAGCACAAAAAUGGAAUACAAAUCUAGUAGCAAUAAUGAAAUUAGCCUGUUGACGGAAUUACACGGUGGUCGAAGUGGUGGACCACAUUCUCCUGGAUCACCAGAUAGACAGUUUUGCAGCUCAACUACCUCAGUCAUUGGAGAUUUCGGAAGUGAUAGCACAAAUCAGGAUGCGAUAAAGGAAGAAAUUCCUCGUCGAUUAUGUCUGGUUUGUGGCGACGUUGCCAGUGGAUUUCAUUACGGCGUUGCGAGUUGUGAAGCAUGUAAAGCAUUUUUUAAAAGAACCAUCCAAGGCAAUAUUGAGUACACUUGUCCAGCUAGCAAUGAUUGUGAAAUAAACAAACGACGGAGAAAAGCAUGCCAAGCUUGUCGAUUUCGCAAGUGUCUUCAAAUGGGAAUGCUAAAAGAAGGAGUGCGUCUGGAUAGGGUACGUGGUGGCCGUCAGAAAUAUCGCCGAAAUCCUUGCGCCAAUCCCUACCAACUUCAGUUGAGUCAAUCGAAUCUUCAGUACACACCCCAAUCGUUAGAGGAUAUAAAAAUAUUGGAAGUAUUAUCGUCAUUUGAGCCGGAUCCACUUACCAUCGGACACGGAUUCGACCUGAUGAACAGCAAUGGAAGCAAUAAUAGUAGCGAACACGAGGGAGAAGGCAAAGCGUCUGAUUCUCGGAUGACCAUGGGAGCCGACGCUCAGGAGAUGCUUAGCGUUUUAAGUGAUAUAUAUGAUAAGGAAUUAGUUGGCGUGAUCGGUUGGGCAAAGCAAAUACCGGGCUUCACUGACCUCCCGCUGAAUGACCAGAUGCGACUGUUACAGGUGAGCUGGGCGGAACUGCUGACCCUUAUGCUAGCACAUCGAUCAAUCCCAUUCUCCGGUCGACUUUAUUUCGCCACUGAUUUUUGGUUAGAUGAGCGAACCGCAAAAGAGUGCGGUGCUUUAGAUCUGUACAAUCAUCUGGCACAAAUUACUCAACGAUUGGAAAAGAUCUCAGCGACGAAAGAAGAGUAUUAUCUGCUAAAAGCGUUAUCAUUAUCAAAUUGUGAUAUACGACUGGAUAACUACAGCGCCUUGAAAAAGAUCCGUGACAGCAUUCUGUACGCCCUGAACGAUUGUGUUCUGCUGAUACGACACAACCAAGCAGUAUCACAUCAACAGCAGCUGCUGCUGUUGCUGCCUUCAUUACGUCAAGCCGAUUACAUAAUUCGUAAGUUUUGGACUAAUGUUCAUAUUGAAGGUAAUGUUACAAUGAAUAAAUUGUUUGUGGAAAUGCUAGAAUCGGUAUCGCGAUAAAUAGUAGGUCUCCCCAGCCGGUGUUGUGCAUUCGGUGGUUGUUCGGUGAUCUCUGAUAACACAAUCAUAUACAUUACUCACUCGUACAUGCAAACCCACGUCAUAUAUCACGUGGAACUGCACUAACAGGACAUACUCCUUUCAUACGCCCCAGUGCUUUUCAUGUCCAUCUUGUGACAUUUAGGAAUCCCUUUUAGUUGUACAAUGAACCUGUGGUUUGGAACAAUUAGAUUUACGCAACCAGAUCGUCAUGUUUUAUGAACAUAUUAGCAUGUUAGAAGACAUUAGGUGAUUAGAAUUUUCUUGUAUUUCUUUAUAUUAGUUUUUCAUUCAAAAGUUUACAGUUUCCCGGAUUUACUCAAGGUAUGCUGUGGUUUACAGCCGGAAAUAGUCAUUGUUUAACCCUUUAUAAGGCCGUGGCAACUACGCGUGGCACUAACACAAACUUCAGCGAAACAUAAUGUUAACAUUCGGUAGAAGCCAUUUAUAUUCUUUUUGUUGAGAAAAUUGCUGAAAAACUUGGUGGCAAUAUAGUUGCCAUUGCCCGCGUCUGGUGCAAAACGUUGGUGGCAAUAUGGUUGCCACUGCCCGUUUAGAGCAAAACAUUGGUGGCAACAUAGUUGCCGCUGCCUGUCUGGUGUAAAACGUUGGUGGCAAUAGCCGCAGCUCGGUAAGCCCAAAAAACAUGUUCUUGAAUAUUGGUUCUAAGUUUUUGGAUAAAUCCGCUUAAUCUAUCACAAAACGCCGUAAACUGAAUAUUACCAUCCAAAAAGUUUCCAAUUUAAUGGGUUUUCUACGAAUUUAAACCAAAUUUACUGUUGACACUCAAAAACCAAGAUUUGUUUUCAUAAAAGUGGUUCGUAAAUUAUCAUUUUUACAAAUUCAGCAAUUUAAAAACAUUGAGAAUGUUGCCAAAGGCUAUCAGAACAUAUUGAGUACAUAAUAUGCUAAAACGAUAUUGUUAGAAAAGUGAAAACAAUAUUUUUCGUUGGUAGCAAUAUAGUUGCCACUGCCUUAUAAAGGGUUAAGGGAGCAUAGUGCUUUUUCAAUUACAAAAAUCAAUUUGUUAUUGUUUGUUUGUUUCGAAAGUUGAACUAUUUUAGCAUAUUUUAGCAUAGCAAUUCCAAAAAUUGACAAAGUUACAGUUAUUUGUACCGCGCAUGUCUGGAACGAUUGCACAGUGAAUAUAAAUUUCAACGCCGUCUUUUCGAAAGCCAGUUUUCAAAGUCGCUAACAUAAAUAUGUCAACAACGCCAACGGUUCAAGCAACUCAUUGGCUUUUUCUAUUCGCGACACCUUUGGUCUCAAGGCUUUUUCUUUUCGAUAUUGAAAUUGUAUUUUUUCCAAAAGUUUAAAAUUAAAAACUGACGUUUAUGUUUGAAUGUACGCCAUUUUGUUAUGCGUUAUAAAUAAUAAAAAGGAUGCGUCAAACACGAGAUAAUUUAACAUACUUUCAUGUCGGUUGGAAUUUUUUAUUUCGGUAAAUCCCCGAGCGCCAAUCCAGAGUACAGAAUUUUUGUUUUUCAAAUGAUCAGAAAAGAAUCCACAGGGGAGGGAAGAAUGCCGAUAUGCCAACAAAAUUGUUAGUAUUAGUCUAAAGAGCAAUGUUUAAAAUGCAACAAAAUUAUUUUCAAUGAGACAAAAAGCAAAGUGUUGAAAGUCCUAUGCCCCCAUAAUUUAAUCUCAUGUUUUAUUUGCUAAACAGUACACUAUAGAUUUAUUUACAUUUUCAUUCAUUCAUCAAUUCACCACCCAACGACGGAAACAAAUUUAAACUAUGCAACUUUGAGAUACGGUUUUCACAUUUUCUGCUUCAAUUGUAAGGAGUCCUGCAAAAAAUGUAUUUCAAUUCAUCGAACACGUUCCGUAAUUUGAGUUUCCCAUCGCGAGCUGUAUCAGAACAUCUUGUUUAUAUCGAAUACUUUACUUGUUAUGCAUAUUGAUACAUGGAAUCGGUAACUGACAAGAAUUUCAGUUUACAUGUUUAUAUAUUAUAUUUUUUCCAAUUCGUAGCUUAGCGUUUAUUAUGAAUAAAUGUGUAGAAAUACAAAGUCACCUCAUCAUCUGAUGGAGCAUGUUUUAUUUGUUAUAGUAUAGAAGGCUACUUAAAAUUAGAUGGAAAUGCAAUAAUACAAAAUUUUAUAUUUCGAUUCAUAACGGAAAUCUCCGAAAUAAUUUUAUAACAAAUGAUUUUUAUGUUGAUUAGUCAAACCAGGAGCGUCAUUAGGCUGUAGACAAGAGCAUAUUGAAGUUUCUCAACUGCUAAAGUCUUCUGGAUCCCUAUACAAAAAAUAAAUAGUACAACAUAAAAAACAACAUACUGCAACCUCAUUACCAUAACACAACUUAAGGGACAACCCUUUGAACAAAAGCUUUAAUUAAUAAAAAGCUGCGACAAACGACAACAUAAACCAACAUUUUCAGAGUUCUUUAAUAAACUCAUCAGCUCGUUAUAAACAAUUACUAUAACGGUUUAGAAACCGACAAGUGAGUUGUGUAUUUAUAGACUAGCAGUGAAAAAAACUACUGAAGAUUAUAAUAGUAAUAACAAGACAACAGAGCAAGCUUAUUGAAGUAUAGAACAGACUAAUUGCAAACAGUUUACUAUUGGUAACAUGCGGUCCAGGCAAUUGCUGAUACAGUGAAAGAAGUUGUUAUUGUUGUCGAGCACGAUAGCUCAUGACAGUGUGUAAAUGAAAAAGGUGACCACAAAAGCGAAGUAAAUGCAAAUCAAUCGAACUCAACAG